CACCUCUACGCAUUCUUGGCCGUAGUAUCUGAGCGUUCUCCUGGUCUCUUCUAGUCUCUUCCAAAGAACUACAAGAUAUCGAAUCUUUUUCCAUCCCAAACUCUCCCAAUUUUCACAUUUAAAUCCCGCCACCAUGGGUAAGGAAGACAAGACUCACAUUAACCUCGUCGUCAUCGGCCACGUCGAUUCGGGCAAAUCUACCACCACUGGUCAUUUGAUCUACAAAUGCGGUGGUAUUGACAGCCGUACCAUUGAGAAGUUCGAAAAGGAAGCCGAAGAGUUGGGCAAGAAAUCCUUCAAAUAUGCGUGGGUCCUUGACAAACUGAAGUCUGAGCGUGAGCGUGGUAUCACCAUCGAUAUUGCCCUCUGGAAAUUCGAGACUCCGAAGUACAGUGUCACUGUCAUUGAUGCUCCCGGCCAUCGUGACUUCAUCAAGAACAUGAUCACUGGUACCUCCCAGGCUGACUGCGCUAUCCUCAUCAUUGCUGCCGGUACUGGUGAGUUCGAGGCUGGUAUCUCCAAGGAUGGCCAGACUCGUGAGCACGCUCUGCUUGCUUUCACCCUUGGUGUGAGGCAACUCAUCGUUGCCAUCAACAAGAUGGACACCACCAAGUGGUCCGAGUCCCGUUUCAACGAAAUCAUCAAGGAGGUUUCCAACUUCAUCAAGAAGGUCGGAUAUAACCCCAAGGCUGUUCCCUUCGUGCCAAUCUCUGGUUUCGAGGGUGACAACAUGAUUGAACCCUCCCCCAACUGCACAUGGUACAAGGGCUGGAACAAGGAGACUGCCUCUGGCAAGUCUUCUGGUAAAACCCUUCUCGAUGCCAUUGACGCCAUUGAACCCCCAACCCGUCCUACCGAUAAGCCCCUCCGUCUUCCCCUCCAGGAUGUGUACAAAAUCUCUGGUAUUGGCACUGUUCCCGUCGGACGUGUUGAGACUGGUGUCAUCAAGCCCGGUAUGGUCGUGACUUUCGCUCCCUCCAACGUCACCACUGAAGUCAAGUCCGUCGAAAUGCACCACCAACAACUCCAGGCUGGUUACCCUGGCGACAACGUCGGCUUCAACGUCAAGAACGUUUCAGUCAAGGAAGUCCGCCGUGGCAACGUUGCUGGCGACUCCAAAAAUGAUCCCCCUAAGGGCUGCGAAUCCUUCAAUGCCCAGGUCAUCGUCCUUAACCACCCCGGCCAGGUUGGCGCUGGUUAUGCCCCAGUCCUCGACUGCCACACUGCCCACAUUGCUUGCAAGUUCUCUGAGCUUAUUGAGAAGAUCGACCGCCGUACCGGAAAGUCUGUUGAGAACAACCCCAAGUUCAUCAAGUCUGGUGAUGCUGCUAUCGUCAAGAUGGUUCCCUCCAAGCCCAUGUGCGUGGAGCCCUUCACUGACUAUCCCCCUCUUGGACGUUUCGCUGUCCGUGACAUGAGACAAACCGUCGCUGUCGGUGUCAUCAAGUCCGUCAUCAAGUCUGACAAGACUGCUGGCAAGGUCACCAAGGCCGCGCAGAAGGCCACCAAGAAAUAAAUUGGCUAGGCCCCAACACUCCCUCAGACAAAAAAUGCCAGAGCGACAAAAAGAGGGGAUAAUCAAAUACAUGGCCAUCUGGGUGAUGAGCAAAUAGGAGGCGUUUUACUUUCUCCCUUUCCUCAUUACAUGUGAAAAAGCGGGCGAAAUAUGGCGACUUGACAUGGGCCCUUUGCAAACCUUGGUUGGUUUCAUUCUUCCUGCCAUCCCCUCCUUUGCAUUCCCUGGAUUCCCUGUCUCCCAUUUCCCUUGGCAUUUAUGUUUUUUCGUGUCCUCCCUAGUUAAAAAGGAAAAGUGGCUUUACGAUUUAUUUUCUCUUUUUCUAUUAAUUAGAUGGGCCUUUCUUACAAACAACACCCUCCCCUUCAAAUCCCUUUCCUUUUUGUUUUCCUUUGUCUUUAUGAGUACGAAUCCCAAAAAUUCCAAAUAUUAAUGACCGUGUUUUUACCCUUUUUAGAAAGUUGGGCGCUCUUCUUCAUAAUGGCUGUUGUUCGAUGUAGUUUAAACCUCAUGCAUGCAAUUCUUUGGUGCAUUGGGGAAGGACAAAACAAGCAAAAUUGUAAUAAAUCAUGAUGCCAAGUGAAUGCCGCCUUUCAUGAGAGGCAUUUUAUCACA